CUUUCCUUUUAAAAAAAUCCAACCAAAACCCACUCUCCCCAUCCCCCUUCUCCCACAGCGCUUCUCUGUAGAAUACCAACCACCGCAAGAAACAAACCCCUUCGCCUUCAGCGACAGACACCGGCUUCUUCCUCUGCAACGAUCUUAUCUAUAUAUACGCAUAUACGUACACCUCACAAUAACCAAACACACAGAAAAAUAUGCCAUUCAGCCCUCCGAGAUCUUCUUCAGUCCUCCUUCAAAGGAUCAACACCACCAUCCCCACCACCACGACAAAUUCAAAACACUGGUCCCCUUUGACAUGCACCACGCCUGUACCAGACAACGUGGCACGUUACCAUGCUCACUCGGUGGGCCCAAACCAGUGCUGCUCCGCGGUUGUACAGCAGAUCGCAGCCCCUGUCUCCACCGUGUGGUCCGUGGUCCGCCGCUUCGAUAAUCCCCAGGCGUACAAGCACUUCCUAAAGAGCUGCCACCUCAUCAACGGUGACGGAAACGUCGGAACUCUACGAGAGGUGCACGUUAUUUCGGGACUUCCUGCGGAGAAAUCCACCGAGCGCCUCGAGAUCCUCGACGAAGAGCGCCACGUCAUCAGCUUUAGCGUUGUUGGAGGGGACCACCGUUUGGCAAAUUAUCGGUCCGUGACGACGCUCCAUCCGGCCCCCAACGGUAACGAAACGGUGGUUGUUGAAUCGUACGUGGUGGAUAUUCCGCCGGGGAACACUGAGGAGGAGACGUGCGUGUUCGUGGACACAAUCGUCCGGUGCAACCUCCAGUCACUGACUCAGAUCGCGGAGAACUUGGCGAGACGAUAAACCUUCGUCGUGAGUCAAGCGUUAAAUAUUCCUUAAUUAUUUUUUGUUUUUUAAUUAGUGUUUUUUGCCUUGCAUGGUCAGAACGUCUACUGUGAAACGAUGUCGUUUUUUGUGGGCUAACCGGAUUUGGUUAGCUUACUUAGCUACUGUUCCGUUAUGUUUUCUCCCUCUUUGUGAAAUUAUUUAGGUAUAAUGACAGACUGCGUUGCUUUCACUCUUCAAUGUCGUCAUUGCAGCCGAAGCUUUGAUUUUAUAAUAAACAUUUGUGCAUAAAAUAA